AACAGCGACCACUCCACUCCUCUGUGCACCACCGGACUGGACGCCUUUGGCUCCAAACGAACGAGUUCUGAGGAUUAUUUAUUUAUUUUCUUCUUGGGGGGGAAAAAACAAAACAAAAAAACACCCACGAAGAGCUUACAUUAAAACCACCUUGUCACUGUGAUCCAAACAUGGCUGAGGUGGCGCAGGUCAAGGCCGUGGUCAAGAAGGAAGAUGUCCCACGUAAAAAGGAAUACGUGAGCAAUUCAGAUAGCCAGAAGGAUGAGAAGAAGAAGAGCGAGACGCCAGACGCACAGAAGAAAAAGGCUGGCGAGGCACAUGUGAACGGCACGGAACACAGGGGAAAGGACAAGGCUAGUUGUGAUAAGAAUAGAAGAAAGAAAACCGCUAAAGUGGAGGAGGAGGAAGCGCCACCUGACACAACUGAAGAAAAUAACAUUUCUGAUGUUAUGCUUAAAAAAGAGAAACUGCUCCGAUCCCGAAAACCUGUGGCCAGAAGCUAUGUGCCCAACAUGAACAAAGACAAGGGCGAUGUGACGGGAAAGUUUGAGGCCAUGCAGAAGGCCAGGGAGGAGCGCAGCAGGCAGAGGAACAGGGACGAACAGCAAAAGAGGAAGGAGCAGUUCAUCAAGGAGAGGGAAUGGAACCGCAGGAAGCAGCAGAUAAAAGAACUUCUUGCUUCCAGCGAUGAGGAGGAAGAAGUGAAGCCGGCAAAGGUGGAGAAAUCCUACGUCCCCAAAAUAACAGGUAGUGUGAAGGGAAAGUUUGCCGAAAUGGAAAAACAAAGGCAAGAGGGGGAGAGGAAGAAGAUGGAAUGUGAGAGAAAAAGGAGGGAAACCCAAGACAACAUGGAAAAAGACAAAAUCAAAAGGGAAUUGGCGAAGAAGGCAGCUGAGGAAGGAGAUGACACCAUCCUGAUCCAUGUUGUCCCCACGAAGUCAUCACGAGCUCCAGGCAAAAUCAAAAUGAACUUUGAGGACAUGGAGAAGAGUCGAGAAGAGGAGCUGAAGAAGUCAGCAGAGGAAGAGAAGAAGAGACGCUACGAUGAAAACAGACGCUCUUUCCGCGAGGCCAAGCGGCGCUCGGUUGUCCCAGAGGAGGAAGAGGAUAAGCCCGCGGAGAAGGUACAGGUGUCUCCGGGAAAGUUAAAGAUGACAUUUGAAGAGCUGGAGAGGGAAAGGCAGGAACAGAGAAGAAAGCAAGCAGAGGAGGAAGCCAAAUGGCGCCUCCAACAGGAAAAGAAAGCUUUUGAGGAGGCCCGCCUGGGAUUGGAAGAAGAUGAGGAAGGCACUCAGGCACCAUCUCCGGAUGACAAAGAAGAUUUCCGACCUGGAAAACUAAGAUUGAGCUUUGAAGAACUUGAGAGGCAACGAGUCGAAGAGGAGCGCAAGAAGGCCGAGGAAGAAGCCAAGAGACGGAUGGAGGAGGAGAGAAGAGCUUUUGCUGAAGCCAGAAAGAGCAUGCUUGUCGACGAGGAUGACGAAGCUCUGAUGGCCUUACUGAACUUGGAGGGCAGUGAACCUGGAAAGAUCUGUGCCAGUUUUGAGGAGCUGGAGCGCCAGAGAAGAGAGGAAGAGCAGAAGAAGGCAGAGGAGGAGGCCAAGAAGAGAUUGGAAGAGGAGAAGAGGCUCUUUGCCGAGGCACGCAAAAGCAUGAGCCCCAGCCUGGAUGAGGAGAACUCUGCAUUUGGAGAUGAAACAGUUCUAGAUGACGAGGAUGAAUUAGAGAGGACAGAAUCGCAGGAGGCGCUACACCCAGGAAAACUGGAGAUGAACUUUGAGGAGCUGCUGAAGGAGAAGGAGGAGGCUGAAAGGAGACGCAAGGCAGAGGAGCGCAAACAGAAACUGGAGAAGGAGAAGCAGGAGUUUGAACAACUCCGACAAGAGAUGGGCGAGGAAGAAGUGAAUGAAAGCGCCUAUGUUGUAAAUAGUGAGUACGAAGAGCUGACCAAGCUAAAGAGGACGGGCUCUAUCCAGGCCAAGAACCUGAAGUCCAAGUUUGAAAAGAUCAAGCAGCUGACUGAAGAAGAGAUUCAGAAAAAGAUUGACAUGGAGCGAGCUCGAAGGAAGGCUGCCGAUGAUGAAAUUAAAGAGAGAGAAGCUGAACGGUUCUUGGAGGAGGAAGACGUCAGCCAAAUGACUUCGCCGCGAGGUGAGGAGACGCCAUUCAAACAGAAGGUGGACAUGCGAGCCAGGUUUGAACAAAUGGCCAAAGCCAGAGAGGAUGAGGAGAAAAGGAGGAUAGAAGAGCAGAAGCUACAGAGAAUGCAGUUCGAACAACAGGAGAUCGAUGCUGCCCUCCAAAAGAAAAAGGAGGAUGACGUCGAGGAUGAGGCGAGCAUCGUCAAUGGCUCCUAUGAGGACGACGAAGACCACGCCAGGUCGGGCGCCCCGUGGUUCAAGAAACCGCUCAAAAACCAGUCUGUGGUGGACUCGGAGCCCGUCCGCUUCACCGUCAAGAUCACCGGAGAGCCCAAGCCGGAGGUGACCUGGUGGUUUGAGGGAGAGAUGCUCCAAGACUGUGAAGACUAUCAGUACAUCGAGAGAGGGGAGACGUAUUGCCUCUACCUGCCAGAGACCUUCCCUGAGGACGAGGGCGAAUACAUGUGCAAGGCGGUGAACAGCCGAGGCACUGCGGCGAGCACCUGUAUCCUCACGAUAGAAACUUAUGACUACUGAGGCCCUUCCACCCGCUGGAAACUUUCCUUGUUGUCUCUCUUUAAAAAAAUAAAACGUAUUUGUCCCUCACGCUCAUACAACAGAGGGAAGCAA